AUGAGCCGACCGUCAAGCAGCAGCUCUAAUGCCAGUUCCGUUGUCAGCAGAGACAGCGUCAACGAAGCCGCGAUGCGCAGCCCUGCCAGUAGCCGGACGAGUUUUGGUUCAUGGGAGGCACAUCCUAGAAGACCGGAAUACGGGUGGCAGCGACCGGCUCCUAUCAAGCAGUACCGAAAGAAAGCAGUGCAGCCUGGCGAACAAUUUGCCGCCAUGCCAGAUGAGGUCCUGGACCUGAUUAUGAGUAACCUAAGGAAAUUACAUAUGGCCGAAGGCAGUUUCAGCUGUGCGACAUGCAUGAUGCGAGAUCUUUGCUCAGUUGCUUCAAGCAGUCGGCGAUUGCUCAAGGUCGCUCGCGAUGCCCUGUACGCAAACAUCCAGCUGGUCGGUUGCGACUCGCCGAUCGGAAAGAAGAAAUACAAAAUCAACCAUGGGUCACGGAUGGUGUUGCUUCGGCGCACGCUGAGGGCAAACCCUCAAGCUGCUGCUAUCGUGCGCACUUUGAAGGUUCCUGCCCAGCCUCCAGGAAUGGCUAUAGACCAGUACAUGAACCUGGUGGCCUCGGUUAUUAUGGCAUGCCCGAACUUUGAGCAAUUCCUAGGACCGCAUCAGUCUUACGACCACAACUUCAACCGCUUGUUUCAUGCCUUGUCAACACGAACAAAACUCAAGGAAAUGACUUGGGUGGUUGAACCAUCGUCCUCACAGCGACAACAUUCACGACCAAUGAAGGACACGGAGCCAGAAGAUCUGUUUCCUCAGCAAAGCACAGCGUUCCUCGAACUCAAUAUGCAUUGGCCACAACUCACCACUCUAUCUAUACACUGUCUUCCGGGAGCAGCUCUGACUCCCGUAUCACUAGUGGCAACAGCUAUAUCAACCAUGUCGUCCCUGCAGACCCUGCACCUAUCACACUUAUCCGAGACCUCAUUCGAUGAUACUGAUCUACUUGCAUUACCCUCACUAAAGACCCUAUCACUAUGUAACAUGCAAGGUAUCACGAGCACUGGAUUGUCAAACUUCACAACGCGCGAGACCAGUCAAUCCCUGAAGUCGCUUAGACUACAGCACAUGAACGUGGAAUCCCUUCCUGCUUUAGCACGGAUAUUCAUGAAUCUUUCAGCUCUGGAAUCCUUUACACUUCUCCAGUCUAGGAUUCCUACUCUCCCAGAAGGUGAACUGAUCUGGCUCUACCCUUAUCUGGUGUCCAAGUCCCUGCGAAAAAUCCACUGGGAUAUCACUGAGCUCGCAGCUUGUGCAAACCUUGCAGAUUCAGUCCUUGCAAAGAGCAUUGCCGCGAACGGCCUGCCCUCACUUCGCGUUUUGAGGACGCCAAAUGAUCCAGAGGGCAUCUUUCAGAGUCUCUGCAAGCCGGUAGAGAAGAUUGAAAAACCGAGUGACAAGUAUCUCGGACGCGGCUUGGUCGCCACUAUCGAUGCGACCCCCGGCACACCUAAAACCCCAACGACUCCGGGUAAAUCGCCGCUCAAGUCACCCAACGUCCCUCCAUUCGGCUUCUUUGAGCCCAAGCAGUCUGGCGACCUGCAUCAAGCCCGUCUUGCCGCGCAGAGACGGCUGGAAGACGCCCGCAGAAACCCACGCUUCACAGUAAAUGUCGUUGAUGAAGACGGGACCAUCCUGGAAAAUUGGGGCAUGGCCGGCUUUAUGGGCACGCUCGGAUCUCGAAUUGAAUACCGCCUCACGCCAGAUGCUGGUGCCUCUGACGAGAACGGCGGACUUGUCCAGUUUGCCGAUAUCGUCAGCGACACCCGUGAAGACCUACGUGACAGAGAGGGCUGUACUGGUCGCUGGAACAAUUACGGCUACACCAAUUACGACCGAAAGGAGAAGGAGAAGUGGUGGCAUCCUGAGCGCGCCAGGUGGACUGAGAUCCGCUUGUCCUAA